CCAUUUAUUCCCUUUAUCUCUUGCCUAAUCUCCUAUAUAAAUACCCCCAUAUUCAUACAUUCCUUCACCAACCCCAUUCUUCACCUUCUCAUAAUAUUUCAACUCACAUUUUCUUUAUCAGAAAAGAUGAGCAGGCCAGGAGAUUGGAGCUGCAGGUCAUGCCAGCACCUCAACUUCCAGAGGCGUGACUCGUGCCAACGUUGCGGGGAUCCUAAGUCCGGUGACAGAGGUGACUUUGGGGGCUUUGGUGGGAGAGGUGGAUCGUCGACCUACGGAUCAUUCACGGGGUCGGACGUCCGCCCGGGCGACUGGUACUGCGCCGCAGGAAACUGUGGGGCCCACAACUUUGCUAGCCGUUCCAGCUGCUUCAAGUGUGGUGCGUUUAAGGAUGACUUAGCUGGGGGCUACGACAGUACUAGUGACAUUUCACGCUCCAGAGGUUUUGGUGUCAGUGCCGGUGGAAAUGGUGGUGGUGGUGGUGGUAGCCGACCUGGAUGGAAAUCUGGUGAUUGGAUUUGCACCAGGUCGGGAUGCAACGAACACAACUUCGCCAGCAGAAUGGAAUGUUUCAGAUGCAAUGCCCCGAGGGACUCCUACUAAAUUACCGUCUUAUCCAAUUUUGGGCAAGAGAGAGCGUGCGUAUCACUAGUUUUCCUGCUUCAUUAUUUCUUUGGACUGCGAGGGGGUUCUUGUGCUUCACAUGGAGGCUGGGAGUGUUUUGAGCUAUAUAUAUAUAUAAUUAUAUAUCUACCAUAUCUUUUGUGUUUAUUUAUUGUAUGGUCACCGUUUUUGUUUUUGUUUUUGUUUUUUCUUUUUCUUUUUUCCUUUUACUAUGGAAUUUAUUUCUAUCUCUUUUAAUUUCAUGAGUGGAAAAUGAUGCACAACUUCAUAAA